AUGACCUCGGCUAUCUCAUCUGGCUACGUCUGCUCUGAUUCCCACCUGGUACCUGACCUUGGCUUGAACCGACUACUCAGUAAACAUCUAAAUCCCGGAAGGGCUUGCAUACCACGCACAGGUGCCUCCUGUCUGCAGACCAAUCUCCGUGCACCAGCUGUGCUUCUGAGUGGACCACCAACCAGCACUCCUACAGGUGACCUGUGCAACUUUGGACCUGACUCCCGCUGUCCCACUCUCAGGGGAGUCCAUAACUUAGCCGCAAGAGAGCCCUCUCUCCAUUGGCCUCCAUCACCAGAUACGUGAUACAUGGAGAGAGACCCGCUG